UCGAGUUGACGGCAGCUUUACUCCUCAAACUACGGCGGUACAAACGUCGUCCUGCCUGUUUAUUUGUAUUAAUUUAUAUCGGACCCAUUGCUUUUCUUAAGUUGACAACCGGAGCGAUGCAUUCUGAAUCGGGAAUAGUUCCAGACUUCGAGGUCGGAGAGGACUUCCAGGACGAGCCUAAAACAUACUACGAGUUGAAGAGUCAGCCCCUGAAAAACAGCAGCCCAUCGGACCAGCAUGGCUCCUCCAAGCCCCCACUGAGCUCCUCGGCUGUGACAUCUCGCAUCCUGCUGCGGCAACAGCUAAUGCGGGAGCAGCUUCAAGAGCAGGAGCGGCGGGAGCAGCAAAGACAACAGUCCUCCCAUUACUCACAAACCACAGCGACCCAGACCCCUGCCAUCAAUGUCAGCGUCCCUGUCGGUGUACCUGAAGGAGCACAGGUGCCAAUGGAGGUGCUUAAGGUCCAGACUCAUUUGGAAAACCCUACCAAGUACCACAUCCAGCGUUCCCAGCAGCAGCAGGUUAAGCGGUACCUGGGAAAGCUUGGUUCCCAGGCAUUGAGCUUGCCCUGCCCCAACCAGUCCUCUGACCACGGGGGCAUGCCGCCAGGGCCGGGCAAUAGCGCCCCCAACAGCCCUAUGGCCUUACUGACCCUCAACUCAAACUGCGAGAAAGAGAUGGAUGAUGUCAUUGAUGACAUUAUUAGCCUGGAGUCAAGUUACAGUGAUGACAUCCUCGGUUUGAUGGAUCCUGGACUUCAGAUGGCAAACACGAUUCCUGUAUCUGCUAACCUUAUGGACAUGUACGGUAAUCAGGGCAUGCCGCAGCAGGGCCUGCCCAUCAGUAACUCCUGCCCUGCCAACCUCUCCAACAUCAAAAGGGAAUACUCAGUGUCUCAAUCCCCGGCCAUCAUGCACAUGCUGGACAAAUCUGGAUCCUGUGGAAAAUUUGAGACCUAUCAAAGGCCUGAGGGGUUCCCUGUGGAAGCUGAGGUAAGAGCCCUCGCAAAGGAAAGGCAGAAGAAAGACAACCAUAAUCUGAUUGAGAGAAGAAGACGGUUUAAUAUCAACGAUCGCAUCAAGGAGUUGGGAACUUUGAUUCCAAAAUCCAAUGACCCAGACAUGCGCUGGAACAAAGGCACCAUCCUGAAGGCAUCGGUGGACUACAUCCGAAAGUUGCAGCGCGAGCAGCUGAGGGCCAAGGAGCUAGAAAACCGCCAGAAAAAGCUUGAGCACGCCAACCGCCAUUUGAUGCUUAGAAUACAGGAGUUGGAGAUGCAGGCUCGGGCUCACGGUCUGGCCAUCACUUCCUCAGCACUCUGCUCUGCUGAAGUUGGGGUGCGGCCCAUUAAGAGGGAGCCUCUUUUGGAGGACUGUCACCAAGACCUCUAUAAACUCCAUCGCCAACACCAUCCCGCCUGCACUCCUGAGCAAUCCACCACACUGGAGCUAAAGGAAGGUCCCUCCAACUUUAACGAGGGCCACUACAGCUGUGUUCAUGGCGAAGCAGAAACCAAACUCACUGACAUCCUCAUGGAAGACAACUUAUCUCCUGUCAGAGGGGUGGACCCUUUGCUCUCCUCCGUCUCCCCAGACGCUUCAAAGGACAGCAGCCGCAAAAGCAGUGUCAGCAUGGAUGAUAAUGAAGAGGGUUGUUAGCGCCCCCAAUGGGUAGAUGGCUCUCAUGUAUCUUUAACCCCUCCAUCUUGCCAAAAAAAAAAACCACAAGAGGAUAUACAGGUUCAGGUCUAGUUUUUUUUUAUUUACCUUCUAUUUCAUUUCUAUGUUUACAUGUUGAAUCUUCAUUUUUUUCCUUUUUUUUUCUAUUGUUUGUCUUUUCAAGCUUUCAAACUUGAUUACAAUGACAUAUUUAAGAGUAUUUUCUUUAAUCAAUGCUUCAAUGACAAUAAGUUUCAAAGGUUAGAAGUUUUAUAUAUCAAAACUAUACAUUUAUCUUUUUAUAGAGCUUAGCUUGUGUUUUUUUUGUCAACUCCAAAGAAUCUAGGGAAACUAAAUCAGUCAGAGGUGUAGAUAUUUGUGGUGAGGUAAACACUGCUUUGAAAAUCAGUAGCAAUAAUAGAAAGAAUGAUAUUUAUUACAAUAGUGCUUACACUCCUUGUGUCUUAGAUUGAACUUGAAUGUGCCAAUGCCUUAUUAAGAAGUGUGUACAUCAUUGUAUUACGAUGCACACAUUAGCUCAGAUUCCCUGUCAGUCUUCCAGAUGAAAUUACUUGCCUGAUAAACAAUCACUUCUAGAUUUUUUAACUAUUUAUGAUCCUCUAUAGACAUAAUUCUAUCUAAACAUUCCC